UUUCAGAAAAUAUUAAUUCGUUGACAUUCAAUUCAGAAACAGAAAAGGCAAGAUUCUUAGCAUCAACAUGACUUUGAUACCAUGGCGUAACGGUCAAUCAAUGGUUUGGGACGCAACGUGCUCAGAUACUCUGGCCCCAUCGUAUCUACGUUUGUCAAGCAAAUCGCCCGGUAGAGUUGCAAAUAAGGCAGCAAAUAUUAAAUUGGGGAAAUAUAAGAAAUUGAUAGAAGAUAAUUAUAUAAUCAUUCCAUUUGCAAUAGAGACUCUAGGUCCAUGGUGUACCGAAGCGAUUAAGUUCAUUGACGUCUUGGGAAAGUUGUUAGCAAAUGUGACGAACGAAAAGAAAUCGAAAUUGUAUUUGAAGCAAAGAAUCUCCAUUGCACUUCAACGUUCUAAUGCCGCUUGUAUAAUGGGAACAUUCGACGGCGAUUUGAAGAAGUUAGAUGAAAUCUAUUAUAUUUUAUAAUUUUGUUUUGUGGUGUUGUGAGAUGAUUUAUUUUCAGUUUACUAAGCUAAGUUAUUUUUCUCCUGUUUCUCCUGAAUCAGGCCAGUUUCCAUGGUUCUGGAUAAAUAGAUUAGGGUAACUUUUGUUAAGAAUAGUUGCCACUCCAUGGGUGGAAUUUGUUUCAUUUUAUGAUACAAAUUUAGGUUUAUGAAAAUGAAUAAAAGAAUUUAUUUUGAAAAUCAAAAA